GCUCAGCUCAGUGCAGGCGUGUUCACGGUGUCCCCUUGCUCCGGCUCCGUCGGUCCUGGGGGCCAGCAGAAGAUCACAGUGGAUUGCAGCCCAGGAGCAGAGGGGAAAUGUGAGGAGCAGCUGUACAUUGACAUCAGCAACAGAGACCCCAAGGACAAUCCCCUCGGCAUUCCCUUUACCCUGACUGCCGAGUCCUGCCUCCCAGCGCUUGUUGAAGACGUCACGUCCAUCUUUGAGCAGUACCCGAUCCACAGCAACGUCAAUCUCCGCCAGACGUUACAGUCGGUGCAAGGCAACGGUGUGUUCAUCAGAGAUGAGAACAAAUUCAUCUUCACCAAAGUUCAGGUUGGGCAACGGGCCACAGCUCGCUUCAAGAUCUCUAAUGGCAGCAGUGUCCCAUGUGACGUGGUCCUCUCCAUCAAAGCCUUGCCUGGAGAGCCUCACAGCCUCAUCAGCAACAUCUUCAAGCUGGAUCCUGUCGAGAUGAGCAUUCCUGGCUUAUCCCACACCUUUGCUACAGUGACCUUCACUCCAGAACAAAAGGAGGACUACCAGUGCACUUUCACAGCUUCCCUUGUUAGCCCAAAAAGCAGCUCCAUGAAGACGAAACCCAACAGCUGACCUUCACUGUCAGUGGAGAGGGGCACGUGCCUCAGGUGACAGUCGAGUGCCCGGGCCUUGGGAGUAAGAGAGGAACCCCUGUGCUGCGCUUCAGGAGGCUCCUGCUGGGGGAUUCACAGACACUCCCCCUGG